GCUCAUGAUACGGAAACAUCCGAAGAGUCUAGUGGUGAUGUGGCGGUGUUCGUGAGCAGUGACGAAGGCAGUGGAAUGGACGAGAUUGAACGUGUCGACAACGAGACUUGUAUUCCGUUGUUGCCUUGCGUUACCAACACGGAUUGCAGUACAAUAGCCGGCAGAGGGAACUGCGUUGGUUUGAAUGUUGCUAAGUGCAACUGUGGUGCAUGCGCUUCGUUCUCACCGUGCCGUACUGACGCAAAUUGCGGUGGACUUGAGGGUGCUUGCAAUAAUCAGACAUUCAGAUGCGAUUGUGAUCAAGGUUUCAAAGCGAACGGAAUAACGGGUGGUCUUUUCGAUGCCCUUUUCAAUUUCUGUUUGAAUCAAGAUUGCGACCCAGACGAUUCGAGCGUAUGUUUCGGACUGCCAUGCAUGAAAGGUCUUUGCUCGUGCAAUUGA